GUCGACGCCGUAGCCUGCGCCGGACCACCACCCGCUCCUCCUCCUGCUCCUCCUCCUCCCCUCCGCCGCCGUCCCGCCGCCUCCGCCGCCGCCGGACACUGAACCCCCGUUGUUGAUGCUCCGCUCAUGUCCCUCGGAACCCACCGCAGCAAUCCGGCUGUGGCAAUGAGCAGCUCAUUCGAGAAGAGCGUCAAGGGCGGCACCAAAGUCAAGCUCGCGCCGCCAAAGUCCAAGUAUGUCGAGCACAUUCUGCUGGCGACACAGUCAGGCGAGGCAGGCGUCGCCGAGGUGUUCCGCACGCUGCAAAACCGCCUGCGCGAUGCGACAUGGACGGUGGCCUUCAAGGCGCUGAUUAUCGUGCACCUGCUCAUCAAGGAGGGCGUGCAGGACGUCACGCUGCGCUAUCUGGCCGUGGCCCCGCGCAACAGGCUGGCCAUCAACACUUUUACCGACGUGCAGACCCAGGGCCACAACAUUCGCUUGUACUCCGAAUACCUGCUUGCGCGCGCCCAGGCAUACGAGAGGUCCAAGUGCGACCACGUGCGUGCUGGCGAAGGCCGUAUGAAGCGUCUGACGGUGGAGACGGGCUUAUUGCGUCAAACGGAGAUUGUGCAGGACCAGGUACGCGCACUCGUCAAGUGCGACCUACUCAGCAACGAUGUCGAGAACGAAAUCUCCCUGACGGCGUUUCGGCUGCUGACGCGGGACCUGCUCGAUUUGUACAAUGUGGAAAAUGAGGCAGUAAUGAAUGUGCUGAGCCACUAUUUCGAGAUGUCCAGGCCGGAUGCCGAGCGCUCUAUUACUAUUUACAAGACGUUUUGCAAGCAGACGGAACAAGUUGUACAAUAUCUCAGUGUUGCGCGCCAGUACGAACACGCUACGAGACUCGAGAUCCCUAAGCUGAAGCAUGCGCCAACCAGUCUCGCAGCUUCGCUCCAGGAAUACCUGGACGAUCAGGACUUUGAGAUGAACCGCCGGCGCUAUCUUGCAGAGCGCGAUGGGACAAAGCCGAGUACUAAUGCUGCGUUGUCAAAGUCGGGUCUACAAGCCUCGAAGCCUGCACCAGCUAGUGCAAAGUCUACACCAUUUGACAAUAUGGCGCCUAGCACGACCCUUGCUGCACCAAGCGAAGCUUCGAAGGGGCCUGCUUCUGAUCUUAUAGACUUCUUCGGAUCUAUUGAGCAGAAUCAGGAGACGAUGCAAACGAAUCCAUUCCUACAGCAGAAAGCACAGCAGUCACUGCUGCAGCCGCAAAUGACUGGGUAUCAAUACACUCCUGUAAGUGUCGGCUAUCAGCAAGAAUCCCAGCCCGCUAUGAACGGCUAUGGGACGAGUCUCUAUGGGCAACAGGAAUCUCAGCCUCCACAGCAACAAUUGCAGCCUCUAGAAACACAGUUCACUGGUGCCGGAUUUGGUGGCUACGGGCCUCAACCGGAGCAUCAGCAAAUCUUUAAUACCGGGUCGCAAUACCUGCAGUCGCCCGCACCAGUCCAAUCGCAGACAACAAAUCCAUUUCGUCAAUCAAUGAUGGCUGCCGGACCUAGUCUCGGGGCAGGCACACUUCCACAGCAAGGUCUCGCCCGACAUUCCACGAAUCCAUUUGCAAAAAGCACGUUCGCACCGAUACCCGAGAAUGUGCCCUCAACACAACAACAACAACAACAACAACAACAAACAUCUCCUUUUGGCGCGCCCACUCAAUAUCAGCCUCAGGUACCACAAGCCACUGGCACCAACCCAUUCGUGAGGAGAACCGCAGCUCCGGAGCAGGCCUCACCAGGGCCGCCAAAUGCGCUUCAAGUGCAACCUACUGGCAGCACCAACCCCUUCCGCCAGUCGCAAUUUGUGAAUCAACAGUCCGGGGUGGGCUGGCAACAUGGACCACAGGGCACACUCAUGGGGCUCGAAAGUCUCGAGACAGUGCCCGUGUUUCCACGACCCAGCGGCGGCGGCGGACAGUUCUCUCAGCCACAACAGUCUCCGUGGGCGGUGUGAACCCUGUCGAGACCAUGGUGUGUAUCUCUUGCUUCGAACUUUAGCGUGGAGUUGAGCGGAAACUAUAUUUCCAUGCCAUGCUGCAUAAACUAAGGUACUUUAGGACUGCACCGUCUUCUCAUCCUGGAACACGCCAAAGCGGGGAUGCCCAUGGUCAUCGAUCCAGGCGCGAAAGAGACCGCCACAAUUGUGGUCAUAGACAAUGUGGCCGUGAUCAUCUCGGAGUUCAAUACCAAUCAUGCCUCCUUCCCCUUCACCCGUCUUGCCCCACCGGUCACCCGCUGAUUGUUCCAGCUGGCCGUGCGGACCCGCCACAGCUGUGACUGCACUCUGCAAAGAUGAGCAGGACAGGUUCGGGUUCGGGUUCGAGGAGUGAUAGCGGGCAAUUGCUGCUGCUGUUCGUGCCGCAUUGGUUCGGAGGAAGCUAUCGCCGUUGCCGGUUCCCGAUAUAGCUACGGCUCGUCGUUUCGGUUCAUCAUCAUCUUCAUCAGCAACAGCAGUGUAGGCGUACCCUUGUGCAUCUUCUUCAGUGGGCAGUACGGAGUACUGAUGGCUAUGGAGGAGGAGGCUAGGCAAGCAAUCUGCGAACCAUGAUACGGUGGGUGUGGUUGGGGGAGGUGGUGGACGCUUCUCGUGCCACUGCUCAGCCCAAAAGCCUGCACCUAACGUUGGGGUGUCUCCGAUUCUUCCAGCUAGUUUGUUGGUCAAGCCGCCUGUUGACGUACAAACACAGAGCGUGCCCUCACUGUCAAGCACUACGGCUCCUACGGUACCUUGGGGCAAAUAGUCUUUACCAUUCCAGCUGGGAUCCCGCGGACGAUGUUCUCCUCGCCCUGCACUGCCAUCGGUGGCGGGCAAUGCGUCAGUGGUACAUGACGACCUGCGCUCGUCCGCCUGUCGUCGAUUCCUCUCAUACGUCGCAUCAUCAUGCUCCAGACCCAGACCUCUGCGGUGCUCGUCCCACCUUCUGCGCGACCAGAAAUAACUCGGCAGGACCGAUUCCAAGCCCCAUUCGCGAUUCAAACGGUCGCAGACUUCCCCCGCGAGCUGACAAUGUCCUUGGGCCCCGCCUCCAUCCUCGCCUUGCCCUCGGACCAACAACGCUCUGGCCAAUUUGAUGGGAGACUUGGCGUGGCGAACUUGCAUCACGCCGACGCCGCGCUUGAUAUAGCCGCUGCUCACCAUGACAGAGGCCUCAAGUUCAUGUGUGCCGUCGCGGGUGAAGACGGCGCCAUAGCCGGCAUUGAACAGCGGGUCUUCCUCGAGGAGCGACACGGCAUAGGUGGCUACGUCGAGAGCGGUUGCAUGCGGCUGUUGGAGGUCCAGAUGGGCGCGAUGCAGAAUGGAUAACAAGGCAUGGCGGUAUUGUUGGUAGGACUUGUCUGGGAGAUUGUCCCGAGUGAUGUUGCCUGCUCCGCCGUGGAUAAUGAUUCGAGGCGGGAUCGGGCGGGCUUUUUCGGUUUGUGCGUACUGCAUGACUGCCUGAGGUAUGUAUGUGACAGUAGGUAGGUAGGUAAGGUAGGUAGGUUAUGUAAGUAUAUAGUACCCGAUAUUGUAGACUGUCC